AUGGAGACCGCAGACUCAGCGGCACUCCUUCUCCUCGACCUCCCACAGGCGGCUCUAGCUGGCAUCGAUCUCCUCUCGUUCACGACCACGCCACGCUUCAGAGGAGUCAAGAAUAUCCCACCAAGCUUCCACUUCGCUUUCGUAGGAACCAGCACAGCUUUCUCUGAGCGCCACGGAGUCUGGAUAAAGAUCACUUCAAGUUCUACACCUCCAUUGAUAAUCGCCAAGUGGGACGCCGCCACUGAGAGCCUGAGCUUAGGAGAAGACGAAGCAGAAGUCCUACGAUGGCGGGCGAACCUAGGCAGCAUCUGGCGAGAAGGUCUCACGCCGUAUCGACAGGUUGCUACCAAAGGUGCCGCUGCCGAGCCAGACGAGGAUAGUAGCGACUGGGACAUUCUCACAUCACGCAUCACAGAAACGCUACUCACUCGCAUCACUGGUACGAAGUGGCACUUGACUUCAGCCAGCUCCUCGAAGCGCGAUUUAGAAGACAUUCCUGGCCUCAAUGCCAAAGACCUCAACCUGGAAGCCGAGCAGGAACUCUACUUCCUCCCUCUGGACCUCAAGCAGACGUGGCGAGAGGGUGCUACUGGCCGCGAGAGGACAGAUGCGGCACAAGACCGCUCUUGGGCACUCAACAAUGUCGUUGAACAGCAUUGCACGAAUGGAGAUGCGAUGGAGAUUGUGGGCGAGAUGCAAUUUUGCUUCAUUAUGAUUUUGACAAUUAACAACUUCUCCUGCCUGGAGCAGUGGAAGCGGAUACUAUCUCUGCUCUUCACCUGCAAGAGCGCCGUUGCGACAAACCCAGACCUCUUCAUCGCAGCUAUUGCAGCUUUGCGACUACAGGUCCAGCACUGCAAGGACGCAGAGGGCGGGCUGAUCGACCUAGCAGAUGAGAGCGGCUCAUUACUCAAAGGCCUGCUCGUUCGCUUCCGCAAAGGCGUUGAAACUCUGGGUGGGAUCGAAGUGCAGCACGUUGUAGACGAGCUCGAUGAUCUUGAAGAUUACCUCCGAGAGGAGCACAACUGGCGAUUCGGCGGUGCGUUUGCAAAGACCGGUGUGCUGGAGUUGGAAGACGGAGAGCAAGUACGCAUGGACACCACGGCGUUUGAUGAAGACGACGAGACUGGGGAGUUUGCGCCACAGAUUGUGGAUUUGACCACGGAACAAGCGAGGAUGUUGAAUUUGCCUGAGACUGAAGAUCUACAUGUUAGUCUUAGUCGGACGUCGCUGAAGGAGGUGCAAUCGGAGGGGGACCACAGCGACGACGAUGACGACGAUGACACUGAGGACAACGUCAGCGCCGGCGGCAAUGACAGCAGCGACGAGUCGGAAGACGAAGCAGACCUGGACGACAUGGACACACGGUACUGA